CACCUAACACAGGUUCAGUUGUUUUAACCAAACAUCAUAUAUAUUUAGUCAUUUCUGCUUGUAUAGGUAUAUGAAUCAUGGGUUUUAGAUAUAUUUUCUUUUUUAUUUUGUUGUUUAAUGCAAAAGCUGCAGUAAUUCAAUUUGAGUGUCCAGACUAUUGUACCUGUGAUGUUUUCAAUGAUUAUAGACGAGCUACAUGUCAAGAUAAAAAACUUGUUACUGUUGAAAUCGGUGUACCUCCAGUAGUUGAACUCUUGGAUAUAUCUCAUAAUCAAAUAAGAAAUUUGGAGAAUGAAGUAUUUACUAACAUGCACCUCGCGAAUUUAAAACUACUCAAUCUAUCCUACAAUCAAAUUAGCCAAAUAAGUUUACAUGCUUUUGAAGGUUUAGAUAAUUUAAAAAGUAUGGAUCUUUCAUACAACAGCAUUCAAUAUUUUUUGGGCCAAUGGUUUUUUGACUUACGAUCCCUUAGAGAAUUAUAUCUACGAGGUAAUAAUUUACAAGAUAUAAACGAACAGCCACGUAUAGAAUUGCCAUUUCUUAAGGUUCUUGACUUAAGUGACAAUAAAAUAGCGCACCUGCAUCCAAUUAUUUUCACGUCAUUACCUAAUCUUGAAAUACUAGACAUAGGAGGAAAUUUUCUAAUAGAUCUUCGUGUGGAAAUUAUACGACCUUUACCUAAUUUAAGGCUUUUAGUGGCUGAUGGAAAUAGCUUAGAGUGCUCGGAUAUCUCUCUUAGAUUCUUAAAACGAUACAUUAAAGAAAACGAUAUAACAUAUGUCGGACCCUGUAAAAGAAAGCAGAGAUUAAGACCAAAACAAAUAGGAGAAUCCGGUCAUUUUGAACGAAUGGAAAUGAAAAAACCUAAAGAAAAAAUACGUAAUAAAAAUGUAGAUAAUGAAAAUAACAAUGGCAGACAAAAUGGUAACAAACAUAAUCAAGAUAAAGGAGAAGACAAAAAGUCAUUCACUGAAGCAUUAGACGAGGAUGAUGAGAAUGGCGGAGAUAACGAGGAAUACGAUGCCAGAAAACCGGAUAACAAUGAAAAAGCAGUAGUUACAAAAUUACCGAAUAAACACAAUAAAGAGAAAACACGUGAUGAAGACGCAGAUGAUAAUACAGAUAACGAUAGCAGUCAAACGGAUAACAAUGAAAAAGCAGUAGUUACAAAAUUAUCGAAUAAACACAAUAAAGAGAAAAUACGUGAUGAAGACGCAGAUGAUAAUACAGAUAACGAUGGCAGGCAAAAUGAUAACAAUCAUGAUCAAGAUAAAACAGAAAACAGAAAGUUGUUCACUGAAGCAUUAGAUGAUGAUGAUGAGAAUGAUGAAGAUAAUGACGUAAACGAUAAUAUAAAAAACAAAAACAAAGAAGCAGAAGCUGUAACAAAGUCUUGGAAUAAAGAGAACAUGGUAGAAUCAAUUCCUCAACUAUCCCACAAAAAUAAUAAACAGAAAAAUAACGAAGAAAACGAUGACGAUGAGUUUGUAGUUCCCCAACGUCCCAGAAGACCUAGCAAAAACCACAAGAAAACAACUCAAAAGAACGGUUGGAUGGUAGAUGAUAUCGAAGAAAAUAAAAAAGCGAAUAACAGCAAACCAACUAUUAAAUAUGUUGAAGUUUGCAAUAAUAAAACUGCAGCUCAAACAAAACGUGUGGUUGCUAGCAAUACGGGUAAACCAGGAGAUUUAAAAAAACGGCUUAAAGUAUUGGGCGACUUAUUCGAAAAGGUUCGACAAAAAUAUUUUCCUAAUGCCAAAAAUCCGUUUAAAAAGAAUGAUGGUGGUAACAACGAGAAUGGAGGUGGUAACAAUGAAAAUUUACCUAAAGAUGAUGUAAAAGAAACGGUAUCCAAAGAAAAAAAAGAUCCACAAUAUUCGAAACCACCACCAAGUCCACCCAAGAGAGAUUCAGUUGAAUUAAAUAUCCAGUCUGAUUGUUCGGAUUGCGAGGAUGCACUAAAUAAGUUUAAACCUCGUCCUAAAAAUAGAAGAAGCCCAGAGCAAGAAUUAUUAUUAGAUGAAGAAGAGCCAUCAUUAGGUUCGACUCCAGCUAUGAGCAAAAGAACACCUCCACAGAGAAUGCAGCGGUCUCCGAGAGAUUCUGGUUCUGAAUUAAAUGAAACAUUAAAACCUGCAGGAUUUCCUCCAAGGAGAGGCCGUAGUCGAAGAAAAUCAGAUGAAUCGGAUACAGAAAAUUUUGACUUUAAACCAAAGUCUAGACCUGGUAGACCAAGAGGUCGAAGCAGGGGAAAAUCAGAUGAGUCUGAUAAUGAAAAUGUUCGUUUAAGACAAAGAUCGAGAUCGGGAAGUCCGAACGAUAAACAACGCGAACCAUUUUUCAGAGAUGAACAAGACAAACAGAGACCAAGGUUUGGAGAGCAUCAGCAAUUUGAAGGUUCAGGAAGGGAAAGUGAAGGGGAAAAAUAAAUGUUGAAUUAAACCACUAAAUACUAUUAGUUUUAUAUACCUUAAAUUAAUGCCUAUUAUUUAGGAUAACUCAAGAGCUAAUAUCCAUGACAAACUAAAUGACACAGAAGCUAUCAUAAUAACAUACUUUAGAAUAAUUUUCAUAUUUAAUUUUAAAGAUCAUUUGAUAGACAAGUUUUUAAUUAUAUUUUAAAUUUUAUUGUUUAAACACUUUUUUGGUUAUUUUUAUUUUUGUUUUAAAUAAAUUGUAUGUGAGUUUAA